GCCUGCGCCAAAUUAAGUCUCGUGCAUCGAGUUUGAAUGUUUUCUUUUGUGAGUUUUCUACUUUUUCACACAGUUGGUCGACUCAAUAUUCCGGUUACGCAAAGGCUACUUUUGUCGCCUGUGUACUUUUGAAAGAAAGAAAGAAAGAAAGAAAGAAAGAAAGAAAGAAAGAAAGAAAGAAAGAAAGAAAGACCCAACCAACCAAACAGCCACAGCGCACCGACGGAGUUUCGGAAACCAGAACAGGCGCGUUUAAAAUGUACAACGGCACUAUUUCACUAUUAAGGGUGGAACCCACCGUCCCGGUGGUUAUGUUCAUAUUCGGUGUGAUAAGCAACCUGAUCGCUAUCGUCGUGCUGUGUAAAUCCAGAAAAGAGCAGAAGGAAACGAUAUUUUACACGCUGGUGUGCGGCCUCGCGGUCACGGAUCUUUUGGGCACGGUGCUCGCGAGUCCUGUCACUAUAGUCACGUACGUGAAGGGCUCGUGGCCGGCAGGAGAGCCUCUGUGCCAGUAUUUCGGAUUCGUCCUGCUGUUCUUCUCGUUGGCUGGCCUGAGCAUCAUCUGUGCCAUGUCUGUGGAGAGGUAUGUGGCCAUAAACCAUGCAUACUUCUACAACGACUACGUUAACCAGAGGCUGGCGAGCGCCGCGCUUGUCGCCAUCUACGUCUCCAACGGUGUUUUCUGCGCCCUCCCAAGCGUGGGUUUCGGCCGGGUCACCAUGCAGUAUCCGGAGACAUGGUGCUUCCUAGAUUGGAGGACUGAGAAGAGUAUACACGCCGCCUUCUCGUACAUGUACGCAGGUGUCAGUUUCGUGCUUAUCCUGGCCACAGUCAUCUGCAAUGUGGCGGUGUGUGGCGCGCUGAUGCGCAUGCACCGUAGGUUUGUGCGGAGGAUGUCGCUGGGCAGCGAUCAGGGGAGAGCCACGGAGAUUGGUAGGAAACGGAGCUGUAGGCGCCUGGCAGGAGCCGAGAUCCACAUGGUCGUGCUGCUCAUUGCCACAUCUGCUGUGGUGCUCGUUUGCUCCAUUCCUCUCGUCGUGCAGGUGUUCAUCAACCAAAUAUAUAAGACUCCAGUGGAGAAACGGUUGGACAAAAAUCCAGAUCUUUUGGCUAUACGAUUUGCUUCAACCAACCCUAUUCUAGAUCCAUGGAUCUACAUACUACUCCAGAAAGCGGUACUCAUCAAACUCACAAAAAACAUCAAUUAUCUGUUCUGCAAGAUCAUUGCUUGUGGGCAGCAGAAACAGGCUAAUUUCCACUGGCUGGAGCGACAGCGAGUAUCCUCCAUUAUCUCCAAAGAUUCGCUAUCACUUGUGUCUCAGAAUAUGAGGGAGGUCAGAAGCACCUCACAGACUUUUCUUUAUCUCUCUGCAAUCUCUGAGCCCUACAAAGACACCUGCCAUUCAAGUUGCAUUGGCUCCUUUCCCUAUUCCUCCAAACAACUUGGCUCAGAGUUGUCCAACAGGAACUGUUCAGAGAGUGAGGCAGAAACAUGCCUUAUUAACUACACAAGUCAUCCAUCAUGCUUAAAAGAACCAGAUUCUCAAAUGACAUUAACUUUGUGACUUUCCAGGAGAAAAGUAUUUGGUGCUAAAAGCCAGGUGUGGUGGCAUCUGUAAGCCUAUUUGCAUUUAUAAGUAUUUUUGUUUAAUUGUAAGUGUUCCAUUUUAAUGGCAGCUGUAACAUGAGUUUUAACAAAAGAUAUUUAGAAACAGUCAUGUUCUACACUACAAAUAAAACUCUCAAAUAUUCUAAAAAUCAGUAGCUACAACUCCAUACUAGCGCUGUACAGUAAUGAUGCACUUAUUUUUCCACCAGGGUUCAAACUGCUCACAGCAUGAUCAGAAAUAAACUAUGCCCAAACAAACUUAACAAAAAUGUUUGUCUUAAAAAUAGGAUGGUAGAGCAUUCCACUUCCCAAAGAAAGGUUGUUUUCUUGCAUAAAUAAAUAUGAGCUGCAAUAUUAAUCUAAUUUAAGCCCUUUGAGUUCAUGAUGAUGAACUCAGAACAUCCUCUGCAAAAGAGUGUGUAAAAAUGUCAUGAUAAUGGGAGGCUCAUAUGAAUUGCAAUACAGUACCAGUCAAAAGUUUGGAGUACCUACUCAUUCAUAGGUUUUUCUUCAUUUUGACCAUUUUAUACAUUGAAGAACAAUACUGACGAUAUCAAAUCAUGUGGCAAAGUAAAAAACCCUAAAUGUUUCAUAUUUUAGAUACUUCCAAGUAGCCAGCAUUUACAGUACCUUGAUUCAUUCUAGUAUUGGCAUUAUCUUAACCAGCUUCAUGAGGUAGUCACCUGAAAUGAUUUGCAAUCAACAGGUGUGUCUCGUCAAAAGUUAAUUCGUGGAAUUUCUUACCUUCUUAAUACAUUUGAGAUCAAACAGUAAAUAAUCAAAAUACAGUAAAUAGCCCUAUUCCACAACUGUAGUAAUCCAUAUUAGGACAUGACCCACUCAACUACAUAAAGAGAAAUGACAGUCCAUCAUUACUGUAAGACAUGAAGGUUAGUCAAUUAAAAAAAUUGCAAAAAUUUUGAAUGCAUCUUCGAGUACAGUUGCAAAAACCAUCAAACACUCUGAUGAAACUGAGUUCAAGUAGAAGACACAUCUGAACAUGAACUGUUCAGAGGAGACGGUGUGAAUCAGGCCUUUUUUGCUGCAAAGAAACCGCUACUGAGGGAGAACAAAAAAAAGAGAGAGAAAAUUGCUUGGGCCAAGAAACACAAGGAAUUAGACCAGUGGAAAUCUGUACUUUAUUCUGGUGAGUCCAAAUUUAAGAUUUUUGGUUCCAACUGCUGUGUCUUUUUGAGAUGCAGAAAUGGGGAAUAGAUGGUACCUGCAUUAUGUGUUUCCCAACAUGAAGGAGGAUGUGUGAUGCUGCGGGGGUGCUCUGCUAGGGGCACUGUUGGUGAGUUAUUCAAAAUUUGAAGGCACAAUUAACCAGCAUCACCACCACAGCAUUCUGCAGCAACAUGUGUCAAAUAUAAAAUGUUUUGCUGUAUUUACUCUUUUUUGCUUACUACGUAAUUCCAUAUGUUAUUUUAUAGUUUUUUUUUGCCUUCAAUAUCAUUCUUCAAUGUAGUAAAUAAUAAAAAAUAAAGAAAACCACUGAAUUAGAAGGGGUGUCCAAACUUUUGACUGGUAAUGU